CGUCCUGCUCCGCACAUUGUUUACAUCUGGCCACGAUGGUCGACGCAGACGCACCUCAAGCUUCUACAGCCGAUACUACCCUCAGUGAUGAAGACCUCGAACCACCAACCAAGAGACGGAAACCGGGCAUUAUCUACCUCUCUAUCAUCCCUCCCAAUAUGAAUGUUGCGGACGUAAGGGAUUAUUUUUCGAACUUUGGAGAGGUAGAUCGAAUGUUCCUGCAGGCUGGGAAUGAAGAAAAGAAAAAGACCGAGAAGUGGAAGAAAAAGAAAAGACAGCGCUACACAGAGGGGUGGAUAGAAUUCAAGAGCAAGAGAAAAGCCAAGGCCGUGCAGCUCCUCUUAAAUAACCAGCCAGUCAGGGGAAAGAGGCGGAAUCCUUAUUAUGACAUGCUCUGGAAUAUCAAGUAUCUCCCCAGAUUUAAAUGGGCCUAUCUGAAACAGAGACUUGAGUACGAGAGAGAGGUUCACCGGCAACGCAUGGCAGCAGAAAUCUCCCAAGUUCGACGUGAAACUGACCAUUUCAUUAAGGCCUCAGAGAUCAGCAAGAAACAAAAGAAGAAGGAAAAGGCCAUGAAGAAGAAUGGGAAACCUGAGGAAAGCAGUAAAACAGAAUCAGCAGAUGAUAAAAAAGAGGACGAUAAGGAAGAAAACAAUACAAAGAAGAGAAAGAAAGCUGAUAAUCUUGGCUUUGUAUUUAAGCAAAAGCUGACUGAAGAUGAAAUUUUAUCGAAGAAGGAAAGCAGAAAAAAGAAGGAUGAAUACUUUAAGAAUAAGAUUAAAGCCAAAAAGCUAAACAGAGAAGAAAAGAGAAAGAAGAAGCACUUAGAAGAGAAAGAUUUACUUGGCUCUAUAUUUGUGGGAACAGGAAACUAAUAAAUGUAAUUUAAGA